AUGGGGUUUGGGAGUGACCUGAAGAACUCACACGAAGCUGUGUUAAAAUUGCAAGACUGGGAGUUACGGUUACUGGAGACAGUGAAGAAAUUCAUGGCCCUGAGGAUAAAAAGUGAUAAAGAAUAUGCAUCUACUUUACAGAACCUUUGUAAUCAAGUUGAUAAGGAAACUACUAUCCAAAUGAAUUAUGUCAGCAAUGUAUCCAAGUCUUGGCUACUUAUGAUUCAGCAGACGGAACAGCUCAGCAGGAUCAUGAAGACGCAUGCAGAGGACCUGAAUUCUGGGCCCUUGCACAGGCUCACCAUGAUGAUCAAAGAUAAGCAGCAGGUGAAGAAGAGUUACAUAGGCGUCCAUCAGCAGAUAGAGGCAGAGAUGAUCAAGGUUACAAAGACAGAAUUAGAGAAAUUAAAAACCAGCUAUAGACAAUUAAUAAAAGAAAUGAAUUCCGCCAAAGAGAAAUAUAAAGAAGCUGUAGCUAAAGGGAAAGAAACUGAAAAGGCUAAGGAACGUUACGACAAAGCCACAAUGAAACUCCAUAUGUUGCAUAAUCAGUAUGUGUUGGCAUUGAAAGGGGCACAGCUUCAUCAGAACCAGUAUUAUGACACUACACUUCCUCUGCUUCUUGAUUCCUUACAAAAGAUGCAAGAAGAAAUGAUAAAAGCACUAAAAAGUAUAUUUGAUGAAUACAGCCAGAUAACUAGUCUUGUUACAGAGGAAAUAGUGAACGUUCAUAAAGAGAUUCAAAUGUCAGUUGAACAGAUAGACCCUAGCACAGAAUACAACAAUUUCAUAGAUGUUCACAGAACAACGGCUGCUAAGGAGCAAGAAAUUGAGUUUGAUACUUCCUUACUAGAAGAAAAUGAAAAUCUACAGGCAAAUGAGAUUAUGUGGAAUAAUUUAACAGCAGAAAGUUUGCAAGUAAUGUUGAGAACUUUAGCAGAGGAACUAAUGCAGACACAGCAGAUGCUUUUAAACAAGGAGGAGGCUGUGCUGGAGCUAGAGAAGAGGAUUGAGGAGUCUUCUAAGACCUAUGAAAAGAAGUCUGACAUUGUACUUCUGCUAAGCCAGAAACAGACCCUUGAAGAGCUGAAGCAGUCAGUCCAGCAGCUGAGAUGCACUGAGGCAAAGUUUACAGCACAGAAAGAAUUGCUGGAGCAAAAGGUGCAGGAAAAUGAUGGGAAAGAGCCACCUCCAGUCGUCAAUUAUGAAGAAGACGCACGAUCAGUUACAUCUAUGGAAAGGAAGGAGAGGCUGUCCCGAUUUGAGUCUAUUCGUCACUCAAUUGCUGGAAUCAUUAGGUCUCCAAAAUCUGCACUGGGCUCUUCAUUCUGUGAUACGAUCCCCGUACUUGAGAAACCUCUGGCAGAACAGGACUGGUACCAUGGUGCGAUUCCCAGAAUAGAAGCGCAAGACCUGCUAAAGCAGCAAGGAGACUUCUUGGUGCGAGAGAGUCAUGGGAAACCUGGUGAAUAUGUCCUUUCUGUAUUUUCUGAUGGACAAAGGAGACACUUUAUCAUACAGUAUGUCGAUAAUAUGUAUCGUUUUGAAGGCACUGGGUUUUCAAAUAUUCCUCAACUUAUAGACCAUCACUAUACAACAAAACAGGUCAUCACUAAGAAGUCAGGUGUAAUUCUGCUGAAUCCUAUUCCUAAGGAUAAGAAGUGGGUUCUCAAUCACGAAGAUGUCACAUUGGGAGAAUUACUGGGCAAGGGAAAUUUUGGUGAAGUAUUUAAGGGCAUAUUAAAGGAUAAAACUGCUGUUGCUGUUAAAACAUGUAAAGAAGAUCUUCCUCAGGAACUGAAAAUAAAAUUCUUACAAGAAGCCAAAAUUCUCAAGCAGUAUGAUCACCCCAAUAUUGUCAAACUUAUAGGGGUCUGCACACAGAGACAGCCUAUCUACAUCAUUAUGGAACUGGUUCCAGGAGGUGAUUUCCUCACGUUCCUGAGAAAGAGGAAGGACGAUAUAAAACUCAAACAGUUAGUGAAAUUUUCAUUAGAUGUUGCUUCUGGUAUGUCCUAUCUCGAGAGUAAAAACUGUAUACACAGGGAUCUUGCUGCAAGAAACUGCCUGGUAGGUGAAAACAACGUGCUAAAAAUCAGUGACUUUGGAAUGUCUCGUCAAGAGGAUGGUGGCGUGUAUUCGUCUUCUGGCCUGAAGCAGAUCCCUAUUAAGUGGACGGCACCAGAAGCGCUUAAUUAUGGGAGAUACAGCUCUGAGAGUGACGUGUGGAGCUUCGGCAUCCUGCUCUGGGAGACCUUCAGCCUGGGGGUCUGCCCCUACCCCGGAAUGACAAACCAGCAGGCCCGGGAACAGGUGGAAAGAGGAUACCGGAUGUCAGCCCCUCAGCACUGUCCGGAGGACAUUUUUAAAAUCAUGAUGAAGUGUUGGGAUUAUAAACCUGAAAACCGCCCCAAGUUCAGUGAACUUCAGAAAGAGCUCGCUGUCAUCAAGAAGAAGAUCACCUCGUGA